UGUGAAGAAAUGUAGUAAACAGCGGAGCUUCAUCAAAGGAGUCAACAAAAACAAGGUGAUCGAUCCCAACACAAAACAAGCCCGGCUGCCGUGGCCGCAGACGUACCCGCAAGUCGUAGAAAAUCGUUUUUGCUCGGUCGGUCACUGGUUUGCCUCUUGCUCUGGUGUAUUUUGGUGGUUGGGCAGCAGGUUGAAUUUCUCCAAGGACAAAAACAAUCCAUGCUUUCCUGACCCCUGUAUGUGAAUGUUUGCCGGAUCACGUCGACCCUCCUCUCAUACACAUGAGUGCAAUUUUCUCCUUGAGCUGGGCCGAGCGCCAUGCCUGACCGGGACAGUUCCUACCUGUCCGGUGGUGGUGGGAGCGGUGGUGGUCUGGGCGAGGAAGGAGGACCUGGGUCUGGUUUGACAGGGGGCUCUGCAGAGGGCAGGGGAGGCUCUGGAGGAAGUGUCGGAGGAAGCAUCUCUGUCUCGGGGGCCAUGGGUGGAGGAGGGGCGCUUGGGAACGGCAACGGCUGUGGGAAUGGUGGAGGAGGGGGACAAGGUGCAGGACCCCCGUUGGACGGUGUCUGCAGGGACUUCAUACGUAACGUCUGCAAGAGGGGGAAGCGCUGCCGCUUCAGGCACCCAGAUGUCAACGAGGUGCCGGACUUGGGGGUGCAAAAGAACGAGUUCAUCUUCUGUCACGACCAUCAAAAUAAGGAGUGCAUGCGCUCCAAUUGCCGCUUUGUCCACGGCUCUAAGGAGGAUGAGGACCAUUACAAGAAAACUGGACAGUUACCUCUUAGGCUGAGAGGGAACGUAGCAGCAAGACUGGGCCUGUCCCCCACGGAUCUCCCCCACAGCCGUGGGGAGGUUCCUAUCUGCCGAGACUUCCUCAAAGGAGAGUGUCAGAGGGGCAACAAAUGCAAAUUCCGCCAUGUGAAAAAGGACUAUGAAUAUGACCCUUCUAGGGUUGGAAUAGGUGUUGGCAUGGGGCCUGGUGCCAGCGGGUUAGUGAAUGCUGCCGGGGGGAUUGGUGGAGGAGGAUCAGGUACUUGUGGAGGAAUGCAGGGACUCGUGGGAGGUGGAGGCGGAAGCGCCGUCAUGGGGACAGGCUGCCCCAGCUUGGGUGGGUGCAGGGAUCCAGGUAUGUCAGGAGUCGGGGGAGUAGGCGGAGGGGGUAUUGGCGGUUGUCUGUCCAUAAGUUCUUCAGGGCAGCGACGUUACGACAGGAGCACGUGCUCGGUGUACGACCCACUUCUGGAGAGCGGGCUGUUCGAUCCCGGCUCCCUGGAGGCGUCCAUGGACCACACAGCUCUGCAGAUGAAGCGGCGGCGGUUGGAGGGGCUUCGUCUGACUGACGGAACCUCAAGCGGACACUAUGAGCUGGGAGUUCAAGCCGCCUUGGCCAAUCGUCCUCUGGAGUACAGAUUCCUCGAGGAAGAAAAUUCCCUGUUGAGGAAGAGAGUGGAAGAGUUGAAGAAGCAGGUUUCCAAUCUCAUUGCGACGAACGAAGUCCUGCUGGAGCAGAACGCUCAGUUUCGGAGCCAGGCGAAGGUGAUGACGCUCUCCUCCACUCCUGCGCCCACCGAGCAGACUCUGGCGCCCCCUGUGGGCUCAGUGAGCUCCUACAACCACAGCAUUGCCCAGACCCACACCACCCUGAGCAGCGCGGGACUCCAGCCCCGACCCGUCACCCAGCAGGACCUGGUGGCUCCCACCGGGGCCCCCGCGGCCCCUCCCACUAACGCGGCCCCGCCCACAGCCCCCCCACCGCACCUCAACCCCGAGAUCACUCCUCUGUCGGCGGCCCUGGCCCAGACCAUCGCCCAGGGGAUGGCCCCCCCGGUGUCCAUGGCGCCCGUGGCCGUGUCCGUGGCCCCGGUGGCGGUGUCCAUGACGCAGCCUCUGCCGGGCAUCACCAUGAGCCACGCCACCACGCCCAUGGUGUCCUACCCCAUCGCCAGUCAGAGCAUGAGGAUCACCACUUUGCCACACUGAAUGAGUUCAGACUGUCGGUCAGUCUCAUGUGUGACUCUUGAAUCCCUCAUGUGGGUUUUUUUAAACAGACGUUGUGCUGCGUGUGAGUCGGUCACCACACCAAUGACAGCACUGAGCUACAGACUGUUUCCACCAGAGGGCAGCCUCAGUAGUGGCUUCUCCUUGCACUUCUGGUUUGUGCUGUCACAGUAAGUUUUUUUCUACAGAUUGCCCAGUUUAUGAACAGUCUGUAAAUCCAAGAAGAAUUCUGUUUAUUUGUGUGUUUGUUUGUUUUUUCAAUGUCGGUGUUCAAACAAUUUCUGAGACUGUUGUUCUGUUCACGAUGUGGGAAAAUGAAGACAUUGGAAAUCAGUUUGUGGUUUAGUUGUUGCUUCAGUGUAAAUUACCUUUGGUACUUUGCACCUUCAAAGAAAAAAAAUCACUU